AUGAUUGCAACAUGUGGAAUAGCAUCAGAAGAUAGUUUGGAAAAUGCAAUAGAACAACUCUGGAAGGUUGAAGAAGUUGAUACUCACUCAAAGGUCUUGUCAAUAGCAGAGCAACAAUGUGAAGCUCAAUUCACUCAAACUACAUAUCAGAGUGUUACGGGACGAUUCAUCGUGCCUCUUCCUUUUAUAAAUGACAGAUUCGCUUUGGGAGAUUCGAAAGACAUUGCUACAAAUAGAUUUCUAGCACUAGAGCGUAGACUUUCAAAGGAUAGUCACCUCAAACGACAAUACGUAGAGUUUUUAGAUGAAUAUGAAAAAUUGGGACAUAUGACCGAAAUAGAUAUCGAAAGGAUUAUGUCACCACAUUAUUUUAUCCCACACCAUUGUGUUCUUAAACCUGACAGUACCACCACCAAGUUACAUGUGGUAUUUGAUGCAUCAUCCAAAACAACAUCAAGACAAUCUCUCAAUGAUUUACUACACAUCGGACCAACUGUUCAAAGUGAAUUACUGUCUACUUUAUUACGAUUCCGUCUUCCUUGUUAUGUGUUUACAACAGAGAUUGAAAAGAUGUACCGAGAAAUACUUGUACAUCCAGAAGAUAGACAAUUAACAUAUGGUACUAGAUCAGCACCGUAUCUAGCAACCAAAUGUUUGCAAGUUUUAGUUGAUGACAAUAUGCAAAAUUAUCCGUUAGGUGCAUCUGCUCUCAAACAAAACUUCUAUGUAGAUGACUGUUUACACGGGGCAGAUAGUCUGAGAACAUUGUUGGAAACUCAGACUCAAUUAAACAAAAUACUGACAGCAAGCGGUUUUAAAUUGCAAAAAUGGUGCGCAAAUCAUCCAAGUCUACUACAAGGAAUUCCACACGAUGACUUAGAAGUCAAUUUAGAUUUAGAAAAUAAUAACGAUACAACAAAAACUCUUGGGUUAUCCUGGUGUCCAAAAUCUGAUAGUUUAUGCGUCAAGGUUAAAAUGGAACCUGUUUGCAGCACGACGAAGCGCAGUGCAACCUCAGAUUCAGCAAGGCUAUUUGAUCCACUAGGACUUUUGUCACCAGUUGUGGUGAUGGCAAAGAUCUUUAUUCAAGAAUUAUGGAAUUUAAAGAUGGAUUGGGAUGAAAAACUGCCGACUGAAUUACAUAAACAGUGGUUAGAGUUCCGGAACAAUUUGACAAAAGUAAAUUGUCUGUAG